AAUUAUAAAACUGAACAAAGUUUAGGAAUUCGUAAAUAAGGGUUAAUUUAUCACAUAUUUUUGGGAUCUCAAUAUUAAUUACAAUGACCGAAGAAGCGUUGUUGGCCAGUUUAGAAGAACGAGUUUUGGAGCUCGAAAAAAGGGUUUUACCAAAAGACGGAAAGGACGAAUCGUUAUUGACAAGUUUACAAAAGGUUAACUUCAUGCUAACAUCGGCUGCAACUGACAGAGAAAGAUUCAAGCAAGUCUUUAACAGAGUACCACAGAUUGUGGAGUAUUUAUCUCCUGGUUUCAUUCAGUCCAUCUCAAUGGACAAUACAUGUGAAAAGGAAGCUAUCUUAGCAUCUGAACAAGAUAUUCGAAAAUCCCAUGAAGAUUUCACCACCAUUGAACGACUUUCAAAAGUUUUAGGCAGCCAAGAAAUACAGAGUGUUCCAAAACAUGAAAAACGACUGGCAAGUCUUGAACACAUACAACUUAAUCAAAUGGAAGAAAUGAAUAAAGUGUCAGAAGAAUUUCAAGAUCUGUUACUUAUGUAUAACCAACUGGUGACAACUUUAUCUGAAAACUUUGUCCAUUGGGAUUGGGUGUUGAGUCGUUUGGAGGACAAGAAAGUAGAAGAAGAAUAAAAAUUUAUUUUGAAUUUAUUUUUGCAUCGUGAUCGCGUUUGUACCUGUUUAAAUUGUGCAUGUAUGAUAUAUUUGUUGUUCUCUAUGCUUCGUGUAAGAUUGUAAGGGAUAACAUGUUUAUUUUAUUGUAACUAUUUGUGGAUUAACUAUUCACAGAUUUACGUACAUUUUGAUGUCUUGUUCAUAUUAAAAUAUACAUUUAUUGUUGUA